AUGGAUUUUGGCGUCAUUGGGGGGCAGCAGGGACCAAAGGCGCUCCUGGAUGCAGUGCGGCAGGCGGUCCGAGACCGUAAUCUCGAAACUCUUCGUCGUCUCUCCAAAGAGUUCCUUACAGUUGGCAACAACGUAGAGAAAUGCCGAGACGAAAACGGCAACACUAUCGCUCACCUUGCCCUGGACAAGAACCCCGCCACCCUCGAGUACGUCAUCGAGGCACUCCACGCGAACGUCAACGCUACAAAUGCGCAGGGGCGCACCCCUCUGCACGAGGCAGUGACUCAGAACUACGUAGCUUGCUGUGAGGUGCUCCUCACUCACGGCGCAGAUGACACCAUUCAGUCCACGACACAGUCCACUCCUUUUCACACGGCGGCGGCGUGUGGAAGCGUCGAGUGCAUGGAGGCGAUUCUCCGCCACAGCGACACACCGGAGGUGAAAGUGAACGAGUUAGACCGGCAGCGCAGCUCUGCCCUGCACAAGUGCGCAUUUGACGGAGAUGUGCGAGUGAGCCGAUGGCUGGUCGAGCACGGCGCCAACAUCGAUGUUGCUGACUCUACGGAUGCGACGCCCCUCCUCAUAGCCGUGAGGAUGAGCCAGACAGAGGCGGUGGAGUUUCUCUUGAAGAAUGGGGCGGACUGCAACUGGCAAGACCGACAAGGCAAUAGUUGCCUGCACUUCUGCGCUGUCCGCUGUGAUGUCAAGAUAGCCCGGCUGCUCCUCGCCGCUGGGGCCAACCCACGCUUGCUCAAUGAGGAGUACGAUAGCCCACUGCACAUCGUUGCUCAACAUUCGCGCCUCGAUUCCGGGGCUUGGGAGGAGAUGGUAGGGCUGUUGCUCAUGGCUGGCUGCGACCCACUGCAGGUCAACGUGUCCAACAAGAAGCCCAGCGACUACGUUAGUCGCGGAAUGAAGAGGAUCUUCAUUAAGGAGGACGUCGAGCGCCUGCUGCACAGGAAGGCACAGCUGCAGGAGGAGAGCGACGCUGAGCUCGCCAGGGCGUGGGAGCAGUGCGCGCAGUGGAAAACGAAAGUGCUCGAGAAUAUCUCCGUCCGGCGCCUCUGGGAAGCAGCGGAGGACAAGCGGCUGGCGCGGGAGAAGGAGGAGCGCAUUCGAUGUGCCAACGACGCGAGAAUGACGUAUGAUGAGAUGCUCGCCAAGUGCCGCUUCUUGGAGGCGGAGAUACAGCGGAAGAAGGGGAUGCUGGAGAAGGCCAGCGUGAAAUCUGGGCGUUAG